AUGAAGAAGUCAUUAUAUUCAUUGGUAUUCAAAAAUUCGUUAAUAUGUAAAUAUAUAUUCAAUCUAAUACACAAGAUAUGUGAGAAAAGUUGUUGUAGAUGUCAUUACUCUUGGAGUGUAUUGUGUAAAUAUCCAAAGGCGUUGGUUGGAAAUAACUAUCUAGCAGAGUUGAAAGAUAAAGAUAGAGAGAUCACCGGGAAUCUAGAGAUGUUUGCUUAUCUGUUGGAUGUCUUCAGUGAAAGUGUAACGAGAGAAGGUGUAUUCCGGUACUACAAGAGCUGUAAUAUUCAAGGAAUUCUACAUCGUGCCGCCAAAUACGGUAGAUUAGAUCUCAUUGAAUAUCUAUUGAGCCGAUAUCAUUCGUUUCAAUUCGACUAUGGAUUUGCCAUGUCAAACGCACCGUUGUCACAUGAUUUCCAAUUGCUACGGUUCCUCGUUGAAAAAGUGAUAGUCAACGAUCCCGACAAUCGCGAUUGCUCACCAAGAGUAUUUAAUAAAGCAGCGAAAAUGGGAAGAAUCGAUAUGAUAGAGUAUCUACUUGAACAGCAAUUCCACCGGUUUCCAUCGAGUACAAUGUUUGUUCACGCGAUCAAAGAUGGACAUAAACACGUAAUAGAGUAUCUACUGAAAUCACAGCAUCACCCACUGAAAAAUGAAUCACACAAUCUUUUGGAUGUAACGGCGAAAUACGAUCAGUUGGAGAUUAUGAAGAUACUUUUUACGUACGGUGUGAAAUCAGGUGAGCGGGAUCCUGCUCAUCUAGCCGCGAAAAAUGGAAACAUUGAAAUGGUGAAAUGGAUUGUAGAGAAUGUUGAGAUUGGUACCACCUCAAAAGCAUUUGAAACAGCCGCUGCCUAUGGGCAUAAAGAAAUACAGCUGUGGUUAAAAGAAAACUACUGUAAGAGUGAAGAUUGCAAAAUUAACUGA